UGUUACUUCCUCUUCCAUCCAAACCAAGCCUGACCUGCUAUAGAGAACAACAAAAACCUCCAUAACAAGUCGGGGCAAAAUGGGAAAUAAACUGAUCACCAAGGUGUUUAAUGAUCCCAUCCAUGGUAGCAUAGAGUUACACCCACUCCUCAUCAAGAUCAUUGACACACCUCAGUUCCAGAGACUUCGAUUCAUAAAGCAGCUUGGAGGUGUCUACUUUGUUUACCCUGGAGCGUCUCACAACCGCUUUGAACACUCAAUCGGGGUGGGAUACUUAGCAGGAAAACUUGCUGAGGCUCUCAGGUCAAGGCAGCCGGAUCUCAGCAUCACUGACAGAGACGUCCUUUGUGUUCAGAUUGCUGGCCUCUGUCAUGACCUGGGUCAUGGACCCUUUUCCCAUCUGUAUGAUGGACUGUUCCUCCCCAAAGCACUGGAAAAAAAGAGGAAAUUAAAGAAAUGGAAGCAUGAAAGGGGCUCUCGUCUCAUGCUAGACCACCUGGUGAAAGAGAAUAAUCUUAAACCAAUGAUGAAGUAUGGACUGAAACCUGAAGAAGACAUAACAUUCAUUAAGGAGAUGAUUGCUGGACCUCUACAGGAAUCUAAAGAGCAGGAGUUGCAGUUCAAAGGGCGCUCAAAAGAAUGGUCCUUCCUCUAUGAAAUUGUGUCCAACAAAAAAAACGGCGUUGAUGUGGACAAGUUUGACUACUUGGCCAGGGACUCUUCCUACCUGGGGAUCAAGAACAACUUUGACUUUCGUCGCUUCCUGCAGUUUGCCAGG